GUUUUUUGCUGCCCCGAGUACACUACAAUGUUAUUCCCAUGAACCACUUCGAACGAAGCAUAAGCCAGUGGGUGAACGAGCUCGUCAGGAGGAACGAAUAUGUCGACGAGAAAACAGUUAUCUCGCACCUCAAGGGAAAGAUGGAGAGCGCUAGAACCCCCGAAGACAGACUGGUCGCGCAGGAGUACCUGUUGAGGUACAUCGACAUGGUUCGGGGGCCGCCGCUCAGCAGUCGGGCGAGCGCCGACGCCGCGAGGAGACUGGUGCUCAAUUCGCUGUCGCAGAACGCCAGAGCGGACAAGAGCUCCGUCGACGCGUGGCGCCGCGAGUCGGGCGAGAGACACGAGGGAAGGAAGUACAGGAAGUCGACGACGCGGAGAGGCGAAGACGGACCGAAGAGAUCGGCGCGCGACUCGACUAGUUCUUCCUCGAGCGGCAACGGGUCCGGAAAGGGAGCACCGCCCGCGAGCGACGUCGAGCCUGGCGACGCGCAGAGGGAAUCUUGCUACAAAAGGGCGAAGAAGAGAAGAGGUCGAUGCGACGAAGACGCAGGUGGGGACGCCGGCGCGCGUCACCUCUGAGGCGUGCGAAGAGAGGGGGUCUUCGACUGGCCUCUCCCCUUCGCGAAAAAUUCGACGCGAACGCGCGUGCUCGAUCGUCGGGUUUCUAUGGCCGGCCCGAGGACGGAGUGCGACCCGGUGUGUGUUGGUUUAUUGGUUUUUUGCACAAAAAUUUUUUUUUUUUAGGUCGAUACAAAUUGAGCGUUAGGCACUUCGACGUCGUCUUCUUCCAUGUCUCCGUAAUUGAUAACGAAUGGACCCUUGAUGUAGUCGUGAAACGCCGGGAGUUUCCAAGUCGAGUCCGGCCAAAGCCCGAUCGAAUGCGAGCCGUUCUCGGCGUUCGUGACCGUUUUCGACACCAGUGCUUCUAUCUGUUGGUGCACCUCGGCCAGGUCUGCCUCGAUGAGCCUCAGGUUUCUGUCGACUUCUUGGUACUUGUAGUAAUUCUUGGCGAACUUGGCGUUGUACGACACGUCCGUUGUUUUCGACGGUCGGUGACGAGUUGCUUUUAUUUCUCGCGUGAGUUUUUCGAUUUGUUGGUGUUCGCUGGUGAUGGACUUCAGCAGCUUCUUGAGUUCGAGCUGGGACGGCUCGUCGAACAGGUGAAGGAUGGAGGAAACUUUUUCGUAGGUCAGAGCCUGAAAGUGGUUGAUGUCAGGUGUAUUCGCCGGUCUGUUGGCAUCGCAGACGGCGACGGAAUUAUUCGCGUAGUGAUGAUUGCUGUCGUUGCCCGUCUGGUGACCAUAGACGUGACCACUGCGCGCAGGAAGAGUUGUCGACGGGUCCAGCUGCGGCGAAACCGACUCGUUUUCGAAUUGAUGACGCGCCUUGGGCGUGCUCGGAGGAGGAGACCUUGGUCUUUCUUGGUCCGCCGCGAGCGCAUUCUUUUUUUCGUCCGGCGGCGCGCGGGCGCCGUCCGCAGACGGCGGCUUCGUGUACUUGUUCGAAUCCCCCCUUGAGUUGUUCUGGGGCCAGUGCUCCGGCGGCCUGGGAGCCGCGCUUCCGGGGUAUCGGUGACCCCCUCCCUGGCGGUGGUACGGGUGACCCUCGUGGUGGUCGGAUGCGCCGUGGUGGCCGUAGGAAUGCCCGUGACCCCUACCGGAAGCGUUUCCGUGAGGUGCAGCAUCGUAGUCUUUGCGGUAUCGGGUCGACUCGUAGUCGCUUCUUCGUGCACGGGGGUGAUGAUUUGUGUAUGAUGUAUGCCAUGUACGGUCGCGAGGAGGGGGGUGGUCGUGGUUCCCUCGAAAGCCGAUGGGUUCCUCGUCCCUGAAGGAGCCGCUCCUCUGAUGCUGGUGAUACGAAUUCCUGUGGUUUAGGUCUCCGUCAUCUCGGCGAGAUCGAUGCUCUUCCAAACUCCUGUCAUUUUUUUGUCAGCUAUGGUGUAUGCGGGCCGACACUGGCGAAAGCGCCUCGCCUCCGUGGCACGCACUCGACGGAGUCAUCGGGUGCCUCAUC